AUGCAUUGGUGGCUACUCUUAUUUUUGACGUUAUCCUGCGAGGGAUUGCAGGAGCUGGAGUUGGCUUAUGGGGUGGCCGAACCGCAGCGCACUUCAUUGCUGCAGAGCAGUCUGAUACUGCAAUUCGCGCAGGACUAUAAGCACAUCCCCAGGAUAACCUACUUCACGUGCCAGAAGCCCUUUUCCCAGACCUCGACCUCCGACCAAAUCCCCAGUGCAGAACUUAGCGACGCCUUCGCGGCGAAGAAUGUUCAGCUGAUUAAGAGCCUCUACGAGAGCGAGCUCUUUGUGCGGAUUGUCCUGCUGGAUGUCCUGGCCCCGGCGGCUCCUUCGAGUGCCCGACGACCGGGCAGCGGGCCGAGCGGAGGAUUCAGCCAGACGCCCAGUCAAGCACAGAGCAAUGCUGACUGGCUGGAGGGCGUCCUGCGGAUGGAAGCCCUCAGGCAAAUUGCGGUCGUGGAUCUGGCAUGCGGCCCCAUCAGUCGCCGUUUUCUCGAGUUGGCUUCCACCAAGAUGCUUUACAGCGAGAAGUUUCACUGGUUAUUGAUAGAGGAUUUCGCCUGGCACGGAAGGACCCAGGCUGGCGAAGGAUCGGCGAAACGGGAGGAGGAGCCACCGGGGCAGCAAAUUCAGGCGACCGACGAUGAAGACCUGCCAUCCAUCGACAGCUUCUUGGGGGGCAUGAACCUGUACAUGAACACCGAACUCACUUUGGUCAAGCGAAUGUCCGAGGCAGCCCACUACACUCUGUUCGAUGUCUGGAACCCCGGACUCAACUACGGCGGACACGUCAAUCUGACCGAAAUUGGCAGCUUCACGCCGUCAGGAGGAAUCCAGUUGCACGCCUGGUUUCGGACCACAUCCACAGUUCGUCGCCGGAUGGAUAUGCAGCAUGCCCGGGUGCGCUGCAUGGUUGUGGUAACCAACAAAAACAUGACGGGCACCCUAAUGUACUACCUCACCCAUACGGUGUCCGGUCACAUCGACACGAUGAACCGCUUCAACUUCAAUCUGCUGAUGGCAGUGCGCGACAUGUUCAACUGGACGUUCGUCCUUUCCAGAACGACGUCGUGGGGAUAUGUGAAGAACGGUCGGUUCGACGGCAUGAUUGGAGCUCUUAUUCGCAACGAGACGGAUAUUGGCGGGGCACCGAUAUUCUACUGGCUGGAAAGGCAUAAAUGGAUCGAUGUGGCCGGCAGGAGUUGGUCGAGUCGUCCCUGUUUCAUUUUUCGCCAUCCGAGAAGUACCCAAAAGGAUCGUAUUGUAUUCCUUCAACCGUUCACCAACGAUGUUUGGAUUCUAAUUAUGGGCUUUGGUGUUUUGACAGUAUUAAUUCUUUGGUUCCUGACCAACAUUGAGUGGAAACUGGUGCCUCACGAUGGCUCAGCUUUGAUUAAGCCCAAAGGAGGAGUACCACCACGUCAAAAUUACCAGCAGCAACCGCAACAGGAGCAAAAGGAAGACACAGUGCGUCCCAUCACUGCAGUUUCAGUGGAUGUUGGUGAAAAAAAAGAGAAUGAAAACAUAGAAGGCAAUGAAGAUACCAAUCGCAUUGAUGCCGAAGCCCUUUGGCAACGCUGCUACCAGAAGAUAAAUAAGUACAUCAAAGAUCGGAAGGCCAAGCAGACGAAAUCUCCAGAGCGUGUGGGUCUCUUUCUGGAAUCCGUACUGUUUUUCGUGGGAAUUAUUUGCCAACAGGGACUUGGCUUUUCCACCAGUUUUGUUUCAGGACGUUGUAUUGUGAUCACCAGCCUGCUGUUCUCGUUUUGCAUCUAUCAAUUCUAUUCGGCCAGUAUUGUGGGCACUCUGCUGAUGGAGAAACCCAAAACCAUUAAAACUUUAAGCGACUUGGUGCACAGUUCGCUGAAAGUGGGAAUGGAGGAUAUACUCUACAACAGGGAUUACUUUUUGCACACCAAAGACCCCGUAUCCAUGGAACUGUAUGCGAAGAAGAUUACAAGUGUGCCCGCCAACAAAGAAAACGAAGCCGAUGAAGAUGAGCCAGUGGAUCCGAAUCCAGCUUCUACUGAUCCUGCUAAAUCAUAUCGGGAUAUUGUCCACAGCCAUGAAACGGGUGCCCAUGCCAAGGAUAAUGCAGCCAGCAAUUGGUUAGAUCCCGAAACAGGUUUACUUAGGGUUAAACACGAAAGAUUUGCCUUUCAUGUGGACGUGGCUGCUGCCUACAAGAUAAUUGCGGAUACUUUUAGCGAACAGGAUAUUUGUGAUCUCACCGAGGUCAGCAUGUUUCCGCCCCAAAAAACCGUGAGCAUUAUGCAGAAAAAUUCGCCAAUGAGGAAGGUUAUCUCAUAUGGUUUACGACGUGUCACUGAAACAGGAAUCCUGUCAUAUCACUUUAAUGUCUGGCACUCAAGGAAACCGCCUUGUGUGAAGAAAAUCGAGACCUCAGACUUGCAUGUUGACAUGGAUACCGUGAGCUCGGCCCUGUUGAUACUGCUCUUCAGCUACGCCAUCACCUUUAUAAUACUGGGCACCGAGAUCCUAUACUCGAAAUGGCAGUAUCGCCUCGUAAUCAGGUUCAAUUAA